CAUGUAAAUAUACACAAAUAUUUAUAAUAAUGUUCUUCCAAAUUGUAUGCAUUUUAAUGACCUGCAAUCAUUUCGCAAUAGCAGGACAAUCUUUAACCACUGCUAUACAUCGUACCCAAGCUGCCCAGGAACGCAUUAAUGAUUUGAAAUGUUACAAGUGUGAUGUCAUGGAAGAUGGUGAAACGUGUGUCGAUGUUUUAGGCUCCAACACCACCAGCUUCAUCCACAAGUGUGAGGGCGAGGAAUUCAUUUGUAUGGUUAAACGUUUUUCUUAUACCACCAGUACCGAAAACUCCACCAGUUCACCGAAAAUGUGGUCGCUCGAUAGAAAGUGUGCUGUUAAUUGUGAACCCGGUUGCAUUGUCAUUGGAGAGCGUACAAAACUGUAUGCCUGCACCUCUUGCUGUGAGACUUCCCUGUGUAAUACGGGUAAAGGUUCAGCCUCCUCGCUAUUAUAUCGUCGCAUAGAAACUGGCAUCGGUACAUUGAUCAGUUUAAUAACGGUCAAAAGUUUUCUUCGAUACAUAUCUUAAAAUUGCCACAGAUAUUUAUCUUCUCGAUACUCACACCUUUGACGAAUUUCCCGAUAAUUAAAGGACCAGUGCCAAACAAAAGUAAUUUUUGUUUAAAACUUUAUUUUUAAAAGCAACCACUUUUGAAAUUAUUAAUAAGACCUUCAUAAUUGUU